AUGAUGAGGUUAGUAUCGUAUGGACAGGUAGUUGGCUCUAUAAGGAAUGCUUUAGCCAGCCAUAGCAGCAGCAAAUCAAGUUUUUUGUUUUUAUCCACGUCUAGCAAAUUGUCGCAGCGUGGUAAUAAAGUCAAUUUUCAAGAAUUUCCCGAUGCAGGUUCUGAGUCACAUAGUGGACAAUUUAUUGAAAAAGUUUCUAAACCAUAUUCCGUUACCACAUACUCACGCCCCAGUCUUAUUUUGACUCACGGUAAGGGUUCACAUAUAUUUGAUUUGGAAAACCGUAGGUACAUAGAUUUUACAGCAGGUAUAGCUGUUACAUGUUUAGGUCAUUCUCAUGAAGAAGUCAGCAAGAUAAUCAAGGACCAAGCAGAGAAACUUUUGCACUGCUCUAAUUUGUAUUACAACUUACCAGCUGGUGAGCUAGCUAGAAAAUUGGUUACAAAGACGCAAGAAAUGGGCGGAAUGUAUGACGCAGCGAGGGUAUUUUUAUGUAACUCUGGAACCGAAGCUAAUGAGGCUGCAAUGAAAUUCGCCAGAAAGUAUGGGAAAAUGGUUGGUGGUGAUGAAAAAAUUGAAUUUAUCACUUUUGAGAAUUCCUUCCACGGUAGGUCUAUGGGUGCAUUAUCUUUGACUUCCAAUCCAAAGUACCAACACCCGUUUGCACCUUUGAUUCCAGGAGUAAAUGUUGCUAAACCGAAUGAUAUAGAGAGUGUUAAAAGGGUGCUAUCAAAGGAAAAGACUUGUGCAGUUAUAAUAGAGCCUAUUCAAGGAGAAGGCGGAGUAAACACCAUUGACAGCGACUUUUUGAUCCAAUUGAGACAAUUGUGUAAUGAGAACGAUGUUGUAUUGAUAUAUGAUGAAAUACAAUGUGGAUUAGGCAGAACCGGUGCAUUGUGGGCACAUUCGCAUUUACCUAAGGAGGCGCAUCCUGAUAUCGUCACGAUGGCGAAGGCUUUGGGAAAUGGAUUUCCUAUUGGAGCAACCAUGAUUACCGAGAAGCUAGAAAAGGCAUUGGCUGUUGGUGAUCAUGGCACCACAUACGGAGGCAACCCCUUGGGUGCUAGAAUUGGCGCUUUUGUUGUAGAUGAAGUUUCCAAACCGGAUUUUUUAAAUAAAGUACAAGAAAAGUCAAAUUUGUUUUUUGAAAAAUUAUCAAAGCUUGGUCAAGAGUUUCCUGAAAAGAUUACCAAAGUUAAGGGCAAAGGUUUAUUGAUUGGUAUACAGUUCAAAGAUGAUGUUGAUAUUAAUGAGAUUGUUAGAAAAUGCAGAGAGUGCGGAUUAUUAAUAAUUACUGCUGGAAUGAAUACAAUCAGAUUGGUGCCUGCUUUGAAUAUACCAGACGAUGUUAUAAAUGAAGGUCUUGCGAUUUUAAAACACUGUAUAGAGACAAGCUAA